UAUUCUAGAAUUCUCCCCUCUACCUCCGACCUGGCAGCAGCAUGUCGUUUCCGAUUCAUUAAUUAAUAGCCAUUAAUUAAAUCAAAAUGUCGAAGGGGGAGAGAGAGCGCGCCGAGGGAGAAGCAAACAGAGAGGAAGGAAGAAGGCAAUCCAUAUCUGGAAAGGCCAUUUGGAUCCCUGGUUCCAGAUAGAAAGAAAAAAAAGAAGAGGACCGAUUUCUUCCAGCGCGGCGGCAGCUCAUCCUCUCUUCGUUCACCUAUCUCCGAACAAUCCGCUGAUCCCUUCCGACACUCGUUGUUUUUUUAGUUCCCCCAUCCACCAACCCCGUCCCACACAUUUUCGAUUUCUCUCUCUCUCUCCCUUCCCUUCCCUUCCUCUGCUGCCGGAGGAGGUGGAGGAGGAGGAAGAAAGCAAAGGAGCGAAGGGCGCGCCUGGAAGGAGGAGGAGGAGGAGAGCAAAGAGGCAAAGGGCGCGCCUGGAAGGAGGAGGAAGAGGUACGGGAGCAAUCCUUUGAUUGGUGGGGUUCUCUCGUCUCCGAUUCCGGGUGCGCUAAAACGAGCAGCGCCGCCGGCUACGGCUAACCGGCAGCCAUGUCGCCCUUCUACCUUGCUCGUAGUGCUUCCAAGGUGGUGAGGAGGAUCACCUCGGAGACGUCGGCCGAGCUCAAGAUCCUCUCGGAGAAAUGGCGCCUUCUCCUCGCUGGCCUCGUCUUUCAGUACAUUCAUGGUUUGGCCGCUCGAGGGGUCCAUUAUUUGCACCGGCCAGGGCCUACCCUUCAAGAUCUUGGCUUCAUGAUUCUUCCGGAGCUUGGAAAAGAAAGGGGUUACAUCAGUGAAACAUUGUUUACAUUUGUCUUCCUCUCCUUUGUAUUGUGGACAUUCCACCCUUUCAUCCUUCAAACCAAGCGCUUCUACACUGUUCUGAUUUGGCGCAGGGUGCUUGCCUUCCUAUGUGCUUCUCAAUUGUUACGGAUAAUCACCUUCUAUUCUACACAGCUUCCAGGACCUAACUAUCAUUGUCGUGAGGGCUCACCUCUGGCCCGAUUACCACCACCACAAAAUGCAGCAGAGGUCCUUCUGAUUAAUUUCCCAAGUGGAGUGAUUUAUGGAUGUGGCGACUUGAUAUUUUCGUCCCACAUGAUUUUCAUUCUAGUGUUUGUCAUAACAUACCAGAAGUAUGGAAGUAUAAGGUUUGUUAAGAUGCUUGCAUGGUGCGUAGCUAUUGCUCAGAGUCUUCUUAUAAUAGCUUCUCGCAAGCAUUACAGCGUUGAUGUUGUUGUUGCAUGGUAUACUGUGAAUUUGGUUGUUUUCUUUGUGGACAAGAAGCUUACAGAACUACCCGAUAGAUCAGCAGGAUUGACAUCCAUGCUGCCCGUGACUGUGAAGGAUAAAGAUAGCAAGUUGAAAGAAGAGAACACCAGAUUGCUGAAUGGUAACUCUGGUGAUUCAGCUGAUCGGAGACCACGAACACAAAUGAAUGGGAAGCACAUUGAGAAUGGAAACCAUGCUGAGAGUCAAACUGUGAAAACAUGAUCAGUGCUGACUCGAAAGAUUUUUGUUAGUUGAAAGACGUUCCAGAGGCCUAAGCAUGAUAUAUGAGGAAGGAAGGCAUGCCUAGCACCUUGAUGGCUUCAUUCUAGGCUGCAGAUGUUUUGUUCUCCAACUGUAAUUGUAAUCCCCUUUUCUUGUUUCUUUCUUUGAUUUUUCAGCUUGUAAUUCAGAUUAUUUAUACAAAAUGUGUAUAUUUAGCACAUCACUGAGAUUCUUUCAAAGUGUAAUCAUCUCGCCAAUAUGACGUAGUCCUGUCAAUACCUAUCUCUGAAAGGUCACAUGGUUCAUUUGA